CUGACAGAUUUUUUCAGGUCAGAAGCUUCCCUGCAGAGAAAAAGCAAGAUGUUUGCAGUUGUCCUCUUCUUCGUUGCCAUCUCGAUGGCGGCUGUUCCUCUGAAAGCAGCUGACAGUGAAAACCUAAUUGAGGAGAAGACGGACGUCACGACUGUCAUCUCCAAAGCAAACGCUGGAAUAAAAACUCCACUGAUCCAUGGUGACAUUGCUCCAAGCAAAUCGAGGAACGCAGUUCCAUGCACAGCCACCGGCUGCAAAUGGCCCAAAACUGGAAGCUAUGUCUACGUUCCCGUCCAGAUCUCCCCCUCAUUCACCCCAGCAGAGCAAGACAUCAUCAUUCGAGGCCUGGUGAGCUUCUACACCUCCACCUGCAUUCGCUUUGUCUGGAGGAACGUAAACCAUCGGGACUUCCUUAACUUCUACUCCGGAAGCGGGUGCUGGUCCUACCUGGGCCGUCAGGGCGGACCACAGGACGUGUCUCUGAUGAAAAAUGGCUGCCUGUACCACUCCACAGUGCAGCAUGAGGUCAGCCACGCUCUGGGCUUCCACCACGAACAGGUCCGCUCUGACAGAGACUCCUACGUCCGGGUCCUCCCCCAGAACAUCAUCCCAGGGAAUGAACACAACUUUGUGAAAAUACAGACUAACAACCUGGGCACUCCCUACGACUUCAACUCCGUUAUGCAUUACAACAAGUUUGCCUUCUCCAAAAACGGCCAACCGACUCUCCUUUCCAAAGCUAAUCCUUCCCUCGACUUUGGAAGGGCCACGUCGAUGAGCGCCAACGACAUCGCCCGCAUCAACAAGCUCUACGGAUGCUAGUAAAGGAGAAACUUCAGCUCGCCAGCGUUACCCGGCUCUGACCUGCUCCUCUCACAAAAUCUCAUCUCAAAGCAGCAGAAACUCUUUUUCUGCUGUUUCAUUGACUAUAUAUCUAUAUAACUACAUAACUGCUGAAGACAGUUGUCUCUAACAGAAAGAAGCAGAUUUUUGGAUCAAAUUUAAAGAAAUAUACUGCAGGUUCUCCUGCUGGACGAGUGUGGUAUUACAUCUCCAUCUAACGUCAGAAUACAUAUUGGUGUUUAUCGGUGAAGGAUUUCUUAACAAAAAAGUUUUUCUUUUGGGUUUGGGUUGGCUUUCUUUUUUUGCAUCUACUAUAAAAAAUGGAAAGGAAUGUUUCAAUUGAAGAUAAAUCUAAGGGGAAUUUUGGUUAAGUAAAUUAUGAUGUGUCAUAAAAGCUGUGGAAGAUGGAAAG